UCCAGCUCCCCCCUCUUGUUCAACACGGGUUCUGUCGCCCAGUGACCUCUGACGUAGGCGCGGGUCGGGAACAUGGCGGCGCCGAGGGGGACUUGCUGACGAACGCGUGUUUCCACCGCCGGUUGGGUUUGAAUCUACGAGGGGCCAUGGCCCAGAAGAAGAAGCGACCAAACAAGCCCAGGAAGGCGCGCAUCCGCUCUCAUCGGUGGGACGUGGAGGUCGAGAGCGAUGGCGGCGAGUUCGAUUUGGUGCCUUCGAUAGAGGAGGAUGCGUCGGGUGUCGGCGAGCAGAAUGUCAAAUGUUUACCAAGCUUUCCUUCAGCUGAUUACCAGUCUGAUGUGGAACCCGACACUCGAGAGUUGGUCCGGGAACAGAAUAAGAAGAAGAAGAAAUCGGGGGGUUUUCAGUCCAUGGGUUUAAGCUUUCCUGUUUUUAAGGGUGUCAUGAAGAAAGGCUAUAAAGUGCCGACUCCAAUUCAGAGAAAGACAAUCCCGGUGAUACUCAAUGGAAAGGAUGUCGUUGCCAUGGCCAGGACCGGCAGCGGUAAGACUGCAGCAUUUCUUAUUCCGCUGUUUGAGCUGCUGAAGGUACAUUGUGCCCAGACAGGAGCAAGAGCUUUAAUUCUCAGCCCAACCAGGGAACUUGCAUUACAAACCAUGAAGUUCACAAAAGAGCUUGGGAAGUUUACUGGCUUCAAAACAGCAUUAAUCUUGGGUGGAGACAAAAUGGAAGAUCAAUUUGCAGCACUUCAUGAAAAUCCGGAUAUUAUAAUUGGCACACCAGGUCGAUUAAUGCAUGUGAUAGUGGAAAUGAACCUCAAGCUACAUAAUGUUGAAUAUGUGGUCUUUGAUGAAGCUGACAGAUUGUUUGAAAUGGGAUUUGCGGAGCAGUUACAAGAGAUUAUUCAGAGGUUGCCAGAAUCCAGACAAACCCUACUAUUCUCAGCCACAUUGCCCAAGCAGUUAGUGGAAUUUGCACGUGCUGGUUUGACGGAACCAGUACUAAUCCGACUGGAUGUAGAUACUAAACUGAAUGAUCAGUUACGGCUGGCAUUUUUUCAUGUGAGGUCUGAUGACAAGGCAUCUGUUCUGCUCUAUUUGCUAAGAAAUAUUAUAAAACCUCAAGAACAGACAGUUGUUUUUGCAGCUACCAAACAUCAUGUGGAAUACUUGAAAGAGCUAAUAACCAGACAGGGCAUUGAUUGUUCAUACAUCUAUAGUGCUCUGGAUCAAACAGCAAGAAAAAUCAACAUUGGGAAAUUUGUCCAUAGAAAAUGUAUGGUGAUGAUUGUUACUGAUGUUGCAGCUCGUGGUAUCGAUAUUCCCAUGUUGGAUAAUGUCAUAAACUACAAUUUCCCAUCCAAAGCUAAACUUUUCUUGCAUAGAGUCGGUCGAGUAGCGAGAGCUGGUAGAAAUGGCACUGCUUAUUCACUAAUAUCUCUGGAUGAAAUUCCAUAUGUUUAUGAUCUGCAUUUGUUCCUUGGACGACCUCUGAAAUUUGCAGGCCAGACCGAGAAUUCCGACGAUACAGAUGGAAUAUAUGGCAGAGUCCCUCAGAGUAUUAUAGAUGAUGAAGAAUCAUUACUUAUGGCAAAUCACAAAGCUUCAUUAGAUCUUCAAAAUCUGAAGAGAGUGUCAGAGAAUGCUUACAUUCAGUAUCUGAAAUCAAGACCACCUCCUUCUCCAGAGUCAAUAAAGAGAGUUAGAGAAUUGAACUUCAUGACAUUGGGCAUUCAUUCUUUAUUUGGUACUAACCUGGAAAAUACGGAACUUCAAAGACUGCAAGUUAUCGACAAUAUCAAAAAUUAUAAAGCAAAAUCCACUAUUUUUGAAAUAAAUCCUACAAACAAGAGCACGGCAAGUGAAAUCAUGAGGAUGACACGAAAUAAGCAGCAACACAUAAUCCAGAAGUUUCAAAAGUUGAAAGAAGAGAAGCAAACAAGUGCCUCCAGGAGCGUGCCAAGCCCAAAGGAUCCCUCUGCUGGGCAGGAGGCUGAUGAUGACAACAUUGAGAUCGUGUUCUCGGAAGUUGUGGGAAGGAAGACAAAGAAUAAAGAACCCUCUGAUCACGUGCCCAGAAAGAGGAAAGAGUGCAGCAAGGAUGAUCAGUUUUACAUUCCUUAUCAACCAAAGGACUUCAAUUCUGAAAGAGGGUUAAGCUUAAGUGGGGAAGGUACCACCUUUGAGCAGCAGGCAUCUGGUGCUGUGUUGGACUUGAUGGGGGAUGAAACAGAAGAUAUGAAAAAGCAGAAACAAUUGCUGAAAUGGGACCGCAAAAGAAAGCGAUUUAUCAGGGACACUGGCAAACAAAAUAAGAAAAUAAAGACUGAAAGUGGACAAUACAUCAAUGCUUCAUAUAAAAAGAACAUUUAUGAAGAAUGGAAGAAGAAGUAUAAGAUAGAUGAACGAGUAUCCGAUGACGAAGCUGAAAAUGAGAAUAGUAAUCACAGGGGCAAGAAAAGUGGCUAUGGUGGAAGAAGAAACUCGCGGUCUUUCUCAAGAAAACCACGUCAGCAACAUGGAGUACGCUCAGAGCUUAAGACCAAAGCUGAAAUACUUAAGGAAAGAAGGAGAAAGGAAAAAAUGCAAUUCCUGCAACGGGGAGGAAUGAAGAAGUUCAAGAAGAAUCGGCAACAUGUGAGAGAAAUGAAGACCAUGGCAUUUGGCAGAGGGAAAGGGAAAGGGAAAAUGAGGAAAAAAAUGUGAUACAGAAAUGCACUAUACUAUUUUUGCCAUUUACAAUAAUAAUGUGGUUCUGGCUAAAAUUAGCUGAAGUCCACUUUGCCUUCCCUUUAUAUGUGCUGGUUAUGGAAUGGAAGUUUAUUUAGAAUGGAAAAAGGUAAUGAUACCUGAAGACUGUUUGAAGAUAUUGAUUUUUAUACAAUCUGCAGCAUAAAGACUGUUUAUAAUGAAGAUUGUUUUAUAUGAAGUCUACUUUCUUCAUCAAAAUAUCUCAGAAUUACUAUAGUCCAAAGACAGACAUUAUGCACAUUUAAUAAAGAUAGCUCAGAAUUUUUGGGGGUUUCUUUUUUAAAAUAAAUACCUUCUCAAUUAUAUGGUGAAAGACGUUUUAUUCAAACCAUUUUGUUCCUUUACUAAACUAUGAAAUUAUAUUAUUAAUGAGGGUGUCAAAUGCUGUCAUGAAAAUCCCCAAGUGUGUGUCCAUUGUGAAUUGUGUGAAAAGUUAUUAAAAUUAUGCAACUAAACAAAAGUAUCUCUGGGCUAAAUUUUGCAAGUCCGAUUUUUUGUCCUCUGCCUUCUGUCUCCUCUUUUUUUCCCCCACCCCUCCCCAAACCCCCAA